CACUUUUGUUUUGCACACACACACACACACACACACACACACACACACACACCGCAUCCAGCUCGCGCUGACUUUGCUCCUCGUUUACCGCACGAGAGGCUGCGGGGCAAAGCGGUCCAGGUCUGCGGGAGGAAAAAUUAAAAACAAAAAGGAUCCCGUGUACCGUAAGAAGCUGUGGAAAAACCAGCCACACCAGUUCAGCCAGACGGGAGGAGCACACGGGGCAGCUGCUGAGGAGCCUGGAGGGUAUCUUUGUCUGGGACAUUGCUGUUGAAUUUUCCUUCCAGGAAGGGUAGGGGAAGAGGAGCUGUGGCUGAUCUGCAGCAUGCACCGCUUAAGGACUACAGUUGCAAGGCUUCGGCCUUUAACGGCUGCACAGACAGCCCAGGGACUAUCACAGCCCAGACCAUUGGAAAUCAAAGGGGGCUUAAGGACGUUUCGGCCUGUGAGGUGCCUGAAUUCAUCUGCGGCUGCUGAGCCUUUUCUUAAUGGCACCAGCUCUAACUAUGUGGAAGAGAUGUACCAUGCUUGGCUGGAGAAUCCCAGGAAUGUGCACAAGUCUUGGGAUAUAUUUUUCCGUAACGCUAAUGCUGGAGCACCGCCUGGUGCGGCCUACCAGAGUCCACCACCCCUUAACGGGACCUCUCAGGGACUACCCAGUGUCCAGGCACUGGUGGGGGCUCAGCCUAAUGUGGAGAAGCUGGUGGCGGAUCAUCUAGCAGUGCAGUCACUCAUACGAGCAUACCAGGUCCGGGGUCACCACGUGGCUCAACUAGACCCACUUGGCAUCAUGGCUGCCGACCUGAAGACCACCCCCUCUCGUAUCGUCACCUCCCACAAUAAACUGGGUCUUUACGGGCUUUCUGAAAACGACUUGGACAAAGUGUUCCGGCUUCCCACAACCACUUUCAUUGGAGGCAACGAGAGCGCUUUGCCUCUCAGAGAAAUUAUACGCCGCCUCGAGGCGGCGUACUGUCAGCACAUCGGCGUGGAGUUCAUGUUCAUUAACGACGUGGAGCAGUGCCAGUGGAUCAGGCAGAAGUUUGAGACACCAGGAAUCAUGCAGUUCAGUCUGGAGGAGAAGAGGACUCUCUUAGCCCGAAUGAUUCGAUCCACAAGGUUCGAGGAGUUUCUCCAGAGGAAGUGGUCUUCAGAGAAACGAUUCGGUCUGGAAGGCUGCGAGUCGCUCAUCCCGGCCCUCAAGACCAUCAUCGACAUGUCGAGUCAGAGCGGAGUGGAGAGUGUGAUCAUGGGGAUGCCUCACAGAGGCCGGCUCAACGUGCUGGCUAAUGUGAUCCGGAAGGAGCUGGAGCAGAUCUUCUGCCAGUUCGACUCUAAGCUGGAAGCUGCAGAUGAGGGUUCUGGUGAUGUGAAAUAUCACCUGGGUAUGUAUCACAAGAGGAUAAACCGGGUCAGCGACAGGUACAUCACCAUGUCGCUCAUGGCGAACCCGUCCCACCUGGAGGCAGUGGACCCGGUGGUCCAGGGAAAGACCAAAGCUGAGCAGUUCUACUGCGGAGACACGGAGGGCAAGAGGGUGAUGUCCAUCCUGCUUCACGGCGAUGCUGCGUUUGCAGGCCAGGGUGUCGUUUACGAGACGUUCCACCUGUCGGACCUGCCGUCCUACACCACGCACGGCACCAUACACGUGGUGGUCAACAACCAGAUCGGUUUCACCACAGAUCCCAGGAUGGCGCGAUCGUCUCCUUAUCCCACCGAUGUCGCACGAGUCGUCAAUGCUCCCAUCUUCCACGUCAAUUCAGACGACCCGGAGGCCGUCAUGUAUGUGUGCAAGGUCGCAGCCGAGUGGAGGAACACGUUCCAUAAAGACGUGGUCAUAGACCUGGUGUGUUACAGACGUAACGGCCACAACGAGAUGGAUGAGCCCAUGUUCACGCAGCCGCUCAUGUACAAGCAGAUCAAGAAGCAGAAAGGAGUCCUGAAGAAGUUUGCUGAAAAAGUCAUCGCGGAGGGAGUCAUCACGGCGCAGGAGUACGAGGAGGAAGUCACAACGUACGACAAAAUCUGCGAGGAGGCUUACAACCGCUCCAAAGACGAGAAGAUCCUUCACAUCAAACACUGGCUGGACUCACCGUGGCCCGAUUUCUUCACACUGGAGGGACAGCCGAAGACGAUGAGCUGCCCUCCGACUGGAAUCAGUGAAGAAGAGCUCGGCCACAUUGGGAAGAUCGCCGCCUCGGUCCCGGUGGAGAACUUCACCAUACACGGAGGUUUGAGUCGCAUCCUAAAGGGCCGUGCAAACAUGGUGAGCCAGCGAGUGUGCGACUGGGCUCUCGGGGAGUACAUGGCCUUCGGUUCUCUGCUGAAAGACGGGAUCCACGUACGCCUCAGCGGACAGGACGUGGAGAGAGGCACAUUCAGCCAUCGACACCACGUCCUUCACGACCAGAACGUGGAUAAGAGGAUCUGCAUCCCGAUGAACCACGUCUCCCCCGAUCAGGCUCCGUACACCGUCUGCAACAGCUCUCUGUCUGAGUACGGAGUCCUCGGUUUUGAGUUAGGCUUCGCCAUGGCCAGCCCCAACGCGUUGGUUCUGUGGGAGGCCCAGUUCGGAGACUUUCACAACACGGCUCAGUGCAUCAUCGACCAGUUCAUCAGCUCCGGUCAGGCCAAGUGGGUCCGACAGAACGGCAUCGUGCUGCUGCUCCCUCACGGCAUGGAGGGGAUGGGUCCAGAACACUCGUCCGCCCGGCCUGAAAGGUUUCUACAGAUGUGCAAUGAUGAUCCUGAUGUUUGCCCCAAACUGUCGGAGGACUUCGCCGUGCGUCAGCUGUACGACUGUAACUGGAUCGUCGUGAACUGCUCCACUCCUGCCAACUACUUCCACGUCCUGCGCAGACAGAUCCUGCAGCCCUUCAGGAAGCCUCUCAUAGUUUUCACUCCCAAGUCGCUGCUGCGUCAUCCUGAGGCCAAGUCCAGCUUCGACGACAUGCUGCCAGCCACACACUUCAAGCGUUUAAUCCCAGACGACGGGCCUGCAGCCGCCCGGCCAGAGGAGGUGAAGAGAGUCGUGUUCUGCACCGGCAAGAUCUACUACGAACUGACCCGGGAACGCAAGAACAGAGGGAUGGACGACUCUGUGGCCGUGGUCCGCAUCGAGCAGCUCUCUCCGUUCCCGUUCGAUCUGGUGAAAGCCGAGACCGAUCGUUACGUGAACGCCGAUCUGGUCUGGUGUCAGGAGGAGCACAAGAACCAGGGCUACUACCACUACGUCAAGCCCCGCAUCCGCACCACCAUCAAACGCACCCGCCCCGUCUGGUAUGCCGGUCGUGAGCCGGCUGCAGCUCCGGCUACUGGGAACAAACAGACUCACCUGAUGGAGCUGCAGCGUUUGCUGGACACGGCCUUCAGUCUGGACGCGUUCUCAGGAAAACCCUAACCGCCUCCACCCAGAUCCAGACUCUCUCUCUCUCCAGACCGGCUUCACCUUUUUGCACUGAUGUAUUCCUCCUCCACAUAUUUACAUAUCAGUGACAUUGGAACCAAACGCACAAUGACUUCUAACACUGUUACCGUGGAAACCUCGUGUUCACAGUGAUGGGCACCAAUUAAAGAAAGAAAAUGUGAGUAAAGCUGCAUUGAAUGUAUUAAUCACUUUGUAAGACAAAGAGUUUCUUUUGCUUUUAGUUUGUUAAUUAUUAAAAAAAAUUACGUCGACCUGCUCCGCAACUGUGUGCAAUCAGCUGAUGAACUUUAUUGAUCUGUGGCAGAUGAAUUCAGACAACUGGAGGAAAAAUAAUGCUCACAUUUAAAGGAACAGUUCAACAUUUUGGGAAAUAAACUCUGUUUUGUGGCAGACCCAGACUGAUUUCAGGCUGUCUGGAGUCAUAUUUGUCUCAGUUUCUCAGGUUCCGGUCGCUCAGAUUGGAUUUCAAAUUGUCAAAACACGACGACAUCGAAUCCAGUGUAACAGAAAGACACAGAGUCUGUGCACAGACACUAAGUAAAGUGUCUGCAGCCGCUCUUGGUUGGAGGUUUUCGUCCACGUAAAGCUGAUUCCACGUCGGAGUGACCAGCGUACGUAGUUACUGGUUACCACCCGUGCAGAUUUGGUGACGUCCGGACAAACAAAUCCGAGGACAGUCACUGUGAGGAGGACAGGACUGUCUUAAAAUCAAUACCACUCUUAAUUUAGACUGAAAACAAGGGGAAACUGCUAGCCUGAGCACCUCUGCAGCUCACUGAUUCACUCAUUAACACAAAAGUGUAAAAACACGUAGAUCUUAAGAUGUUAUGUGCCGGACUAUUUCUUGUCCGGGGGUAGUGACUUCUAUAAACUUCUAUAAAAGUAUCAUCACCUGCCAUGCCAUGUUUCUCCAGCAUGGACAAACUACUGCUUUUUGAGAGUUUCACAGCCAAUGUAGUCUUUGAGGGUGAGGCGAGGGGGCUGCAACACGCUUUGGACAGAGUCAGGCUAGCUGUUUCCACCUGUUUUUAUGAAGGCAAGUUUAUAUUUCCUGCAUCUGACAGAGCAGACGCUCGACCUCCCAGAAUUUGGGACUUAAUGCACAUUAAAGUGAAUUUCCCAAAGUGUCAAACUGAAUUUGAAUUUCCAAUAACCGCUGCGUUAGUGAU